AUGGCGCCUAUUAAUAUUGUGAUCAUUGGAGCUUCUGCUGUCGGUAAUACUGCCGCUCACGCUUUGCUAGAAGAUGCUCAGCGUCUGAAUGCCAAGAUCACCCUUAUCAAUCCUUCGAAGACAUUUUUUUGGAACAUCGCUGCCCCCCGUAUCGUGGCCAAACCCAACGCUUUCCGAGCCGAUGAGUAUCUGCUUCCAAUUGAGAAGUCUUUCGCCAAGUACCCAGCUACAUCGUUCGAGUUCAUUUUUGGUACUGCGACUGCUAUUGAUACAUCCGCCAAGACUGUUUCAGUAACUCCAACUGAUGGCGACGCAAAGACCUUGUCAUUCGAUCAUCUCCUUAUCGCCUCUGGCGCUACUACACCCUCCACAACGGGCGAAACAACCGGUUUCUCGAUUCCCUUCAAGCCCUCUGGGCGCGAUGAUCUGAAGGAACUUAUCGAAGCCGCGCAACAAAAGACCACAAACGCAAAGAACAUUGUUAUUGGUGGUGCAGGGCCCAUUGGAGUGGAACUAGCUGGUGAGCUGGCCGAAGCGGUGGAUCAAGGUGUUUCUAUCACGUUGGUUUCUGCGACAGAUCGAGUACUCCACACUCUCAAGUCAUCCGCCAGCUCUGCCGCCGAGGAUCAAUUGAAAAAGAAGAAUGUCAAGGUGCUCACCUCUACUCGCGUCAUUGGCGUUGAGAGCUCGGGCGACUCCUGGAUUGUUUCUCUCGACAGUGGAGAGAAACUCACGACCGAUCUUUACAUCCCCACCACAGGCUCUAUUCCCAACAACGCUUUCAUUCCUGAGUCUUUCCUGGGUCCUGAUGGUUGGGUCAAAGUUGACAAACAACUUCGUGUCCAGCCUGCAGACGGCUCAUCUUCUUUGCCCAUAUAUGCAGCUGGUGAUAUCACCAACAACUCCAUGCGUCUUGGUAUGAAGGCUGUGGAACAGGCUCGUAUCGCAGCAAACAACAUCAAGGUGGACGUUCUGAAAAGUGGCGAGCGCAAAUCUUAUCACCAGGGCGACAGUGUCAUGAUGGUUGUUCCCAUCGGCGAGGCUGGUGGUACCGGUCAGGUUUUCGGAUUUGUUCCCUUCAGCUUCAUGGUUAGAAUGAUCAAGAGCAAAGACUUCUUUGUCCCUAAGGCACCACUUUGGCUAGCUGGUAAGGCUUAA